CAAUUUCUUCCUUAUUAUUAUUUUAAAAAAAAAAAAAACAUUACCAUCCUUUGAUUAUGGCCGAUCAUAAUAAGCUCUGCCAAAUCGCUCCAUCCUCUUCUCCGAACACUUCAAAAGACGCCAUUUCCGACAUUGAAGCACCUCAUAGAAACCUUGAAGAUGAUCAUCUGCAACAUGAAAACGACGUCGUUGACUACACCCAAAGAGCCCAGUGGCUUCGAGCUGCCGUUCUCGGAGCCAACGACGGCUUGCUCUCCACUGCGUCUCUCAUGAUGGGAGUCGGAGCUGUUCGGAAGGACGUCAAGACAAUGAUCCUCACCGGAGUUGCAGGUCUGUUUGCCGGAGCGUGUAGUAUGGCGAUCGGGGAAUUUGUGUCAGUGUACUCGCAGUAUGAUAUGGAGGUAGCUCAGUUGAAGAGAGAAGGAAAAGAGGUGAACAAAGCAAAGUUACCGAAUCCAUUUUAUGCGGCGGCUGCCUCGGCAGUUGCGUUUGCCGUGGGCGCGGUGGUGCCGCUGCUUGGGGCGGCGUUUGUAAAAGAGUACAGGGUCAGGUUGGUGGUUGUGGGGGGUGUGGUGAGCCUGGCCUUGCUGGGGUUCGGAGUGUUGAGUGCUGUGUUGGGGAAGGCUCCGGUGGUGAAGUCGUCUUGUAGGGUUUUGAUUGGAGGGUGGCUCGCCAUGGGAAUCACUUUUGGCCUAACAAAGUCUGUGGAUUCCAUUGGUGUUUGAUCAUCUCUGUGGUCUGGAACUUUCAGUUUUUGAAGACAAAGGCAAACACGAAAGAGAAGAUAGAUAUAGAAUAAUUAAUAUGCCUUUUCACAAAGUAAUUAGAUGAUUUAGGUCUAUACA